AUGGAUGAGCUGGCCGAAAUGCUGCCUUCUGUUUUUACCCACCUAAGCCUGAAAAGCAUCAUUGGAAUUGGAGUUGGAGCUGGAGCUUACAUCCUCAGCAGAUUUGCACUCGACCAUCCAGAGCUUGUGGAAGGCCUUAUGCUCAUUAAUGUUGACCCUUGCGCAAAAGGCUGGAUUGACCGGGCAGUUUCCAAACUCUCUGGCCUGACAACCAAUGUUGUGGACAUUAUUUUGGCUCAUCUCUUUGGGCGGGAAGAGUUACGGGCCAACCUGGACGUGAUCCAAGCCUACAGAAUGCAUAUUGCCCAAGACAUCAACCAACACAACCUGCGGCUCUUCUUGAACUCCUACAAUAGACGCAGAGACCUGGAGAUCAAAAGACCCAUACUGGGCCAAAAUGAGAACACAUCAAAAACACUAAAGUGUUCUACUUUACUGGUGGUAGGGGACAAUUCGCCUGCAGUUGAGGCUGUGGUCGAAUGCAAUUCCCGCCUGAACCCUGUAAAUACAAGUUUGCUAAAGAUGGCAGACUGUGGGGGACUGCCCCAGGUAGUGCAGCCUGAGAAGCUCGCCGAGGCCUUCAAGUACUUUUUGCAGGGAAGGGGCUACAUACCACAUGUCCGCAUGACUCGGCCCGCCCGAUCACGAACCCACUCAACCUCGAGUAGCCUCGCCUCUGGAGGAAGUCCCUUCAGGCAGUCUGUCACCAGCAAGCCGUCAGAUGAAACUCAAGAAACCUGUGUGUGA